AUGUACCUAACGGGUAAGAGUAACUACGCUAAUAUUUAUACGCCUUUCACUUGCUCUGAGCUGAACUCGACGAGGCAACAUUGUCAGGGUCAACAAUUUUCGUCAAAGGUCUUGGUGCGCACUACGUCGAGCACCAGUAAAGAAAUGGUGCACUGGGGCAGUAGAUUUUUUGGUGGUGGGACCAGGGGCAGCAUCUUUGAGAUUGCCGUCAGCGCCAACAGCACACUGAACUGGUUCUUGCUCUUCUGGACGGUACAUGGCGCUCCGGCCAAGUUUAACUUUACCAGAAAUCAAUUUAGCGAGGUCUAUUUCUUCCAUGUCAAAUUUCUGAAAGAUUUUAGCGCAAAAUCGCCCGAGAAAUUCCACAAGUUGAUGGCCGAUAUCUUCGCUGCAAUACAGGAUCUCAUGCAGCACAAGAGUUCCGCCACUGAUGCGGAAGCUGAUGCGCUUGCAUUCCUUGACCUCGACGGGAUGGAUGAGGACUAA